AUGAACACGAAGACUUUCCUCGCCAUUGCCGCCGCCGCUUUCGUCGGCUUCGCCGCUGCUGAGACGUGCUCGCCCACGGACCAGACGACCGCGUACUCGACACUGGCCAGCGUGCUGACCCUGAGCUCGUUCCAGGGUUGCGCUGAUGACUCGGGCUUCAGCUUGCUGUACUCGACGGCGCUGCCAGACGACGACCAGUACGUGAAGAUGUGCGCUUCGGACAACUGCAAGUCGCUGAUCGAGUCGGUGGCCAGCCUGAACCCGCCUAACUGCGAUCUGACUGUGCCCACGAGCGGCCUCGUGCUGAACGUGGUAGACCUGACGAGCGGUUUCUCAGAGAAGUGCUCCUCGUCGUCGUCGACGUCCAACACGGCCUCGAGCGCCGCCACUUCGACGACGACGGAGGCCCCUGCUGCGACGACUGCUGCCCCCACUACGGAUACCACCACUGCUUCGACAGCCACCGAUGCCCCUGCCGCCACUCCCGUUGCCACUCCCGCCACCACCACGACGAACUCGACGAACUCGACGGAGUCCGUGACUCAGACUUCCGCCGCGGCUUGUUAA